AAGUGAAGGUAAACUCUGAGCUCUACACACAUCCACAUUGGCUGCGUGUGGCCAACAUUAGCACACUACCACUGCUGUUUACUGAGUGUCAGUCUAUAGACUAUGACAACUGCACAACCAGCUUAGUCGAGAAGUCUUUUUGGAUUUAAUCCAUUACUGGAGUUGGCUGGAAUUUAUCCAUUAUAGAAUUUUCCUGGAUUUUAUCCAUUAGAGGUUUUCCUGGAUUCAACCAAUUCCUUAUCCGUUUCUUCACGUUGAGCCGGAAGUCACACACAAACAAUGGACGAUCCGCCAAAGUUCAAUAAGAAUGAACGGAAAUCUAUGGAUAAAUUCUUGUUUUCAAUGAAGGCAGCCAGCGGACCAGCCUCUGAAAGGAACUCUAAUGAUGCUACAACACGACGCUCUAAUGAUGCUACAACACGACGCUCUAAUGAUGCUACAGCACGACGCUCGACUGAUGCUUCAUCACGACGAUCUUCCACGGAGAAGCUAACUGCGAAGAAGCUCAUUGGCAGCUCAGGGACUAGUGUAUCUUCUCUUGACACCAACGAUGACUUCGCUCAAAACGCAAAACCCUCCACAAAAAAAUCGGUCUCGUUGUUACGCUUGAGACAAUCAAUGCAGAGAUUAUCGGUGUCGUCACAAGAUUCCAACAGUACACCCAAGUCCAGCAGCUCCUCUAAGAGUAAGAAGUCCAGCGCCAGCAGUAGAUCAGCCAAACUGUCUUCAGCUGAAAUGCUGAGUGAGAAAAAAGCCAUCUUUAUUCGCAUCCAUGGCAUUGUGAUGAAUGUUUCUGGUGACUUUGAACUCUUAGCCCACGUUCCUGCAGAACCCAAAAUAGAACUAAUAAAAGAACCUGUCCUUGAAGAGGGUGCAACCAGCGGAGUGCACAAGAUACGCAAACGGACUUCAUUCGCGCAAGUGGUGGAUCAGUAUCUUGACCUCAACAUUCACGAUCCCAAAGAACUCAAACCCAAAACUUCGCUGGAAGAAGAGGUCGAGCUUAUGGAAAAACAUGAUUUCGAAGAAGAAAAGAAACCACUCACAUCAAGGAGGAAAUCGAAAUUUGGUCCGACAGAAAAGACAGAAAGUCACAAAAAUUCGCAUCUGUGGAGCGAUGUCGGAAUGCAACUGGUCAACAGCAAAAAGAAACCUUCUCUGUUUGAACUGCUGGUGAACGAGUCCCGUACUGUGUCUAGUGAACACCUAACUCUACAUGAACGAAAAAAACCAAUGUUCGCUACUCCAUCGGCUUCAAGUGAAGACACCACAAAGAAAAAGGCGGGAAAAAACACGGACAAAGACAACACCUCGCGUAAGGUGACUGACAAGACCAGUGACACGGACAAUGAAUCUCAAAUGCAACCCAAAAAAUUGCCAGCUAUUCCAUCUUCUGAUUACGACGGUUCAGCUCCAGGGAACAAGAGUACAGACGAAGAAGAGGAAUUUUAUGAUUUGGUUGACAACGGGCAGGACUUUCCACAGAAGUAUCAAGGGAGGACCUUCGGUUCUUCUGAUGAGGAGUUUUUUGAUGCUAUUGAUGGCUCAGUCGAGACUUCCACCAUCAAGUCAGUUUUAGCGACAUCAAAGCAGGACAAAUCAACAAAAAAUCAACAGAAAGGUUCUAAAGGAAUUAAAUGGGUUGAUGACGAGUCAUUCGUGUCCUUACAGGAUGAUGAAGAAGACGAAUGGCACGACAUCAACUGACAGACUGACUGCUGACAAUGGUGACAUUCCUCGGGUCAAUGAUGACCGCUUGCAUGAUAGAGACUGAUGCUUGCGCCGCAUGGCCACUUACUGUAAGCUGGUAGAUCUAGCUAUAGAAGAAUAGCAAGCAAGCAUACCAGUCCACCUGAUCACCACCUAGCUACAAAAGACGAGCAAGAAGGCUAUUCCACACCAUCGAAUGAUGCUACAAUAUUACCCACAUUUUAUUUGACCACCAACGAUACAAUGUCAAAGCAGGUAGUCUGUGGUUGAUGUGAGAAAUCAAGUUAAUCAUUUCAUUCAAUAGUUAGACUAGUUUUAGUGUCCAAUACAUUACACAAUAUACAACAAAUAAUGUAAAUGUUGGGGAUGGGUCUCAGUGAUGAUAAUCUAGCAAUCAGUGAUGUCACUGAUGGUAAUGUAGCAGUCAAUGAUGUUAACAGGCAGUGAUGUCACUGAUGGUAAUGUAGCAGUCAAUGAUGUUAACAGGCAGUGAUGUCACUGAUGGUAAUGUACCAAUCAGUGAUGUGACUGAUGAUUAUCUAGCAAUCAGUGAUGUUUACAGGCAGUGAUGUCACUGAUGGUAAUGUAGCAAUUAAUGAUGUCACUGCUGGUAAUUUAACAAUCAGUGAUGUUAACAGGCAGUGAUGUCACUGAUUGUAAGCAAUCAAUCACAUGUUAACUGGACAGCUGACCAUCCAUCAACAAGAAGACAUAUAAUAACAACUAUAGAAAUAUAUAAAAAUGUAACACCCUUACAAUUACCUAAAGGAAACAUUUAUUCCCUGUAGUUUAUUCUUGAACUCAAGUAAGCAGCAAUCGUAUUGUCACUACCAUCAAAAUAAUUGAUUUACCAGUUGAUUUGUAAAUUUGUAUUUAAUAUAAACAUAAAUUUAUAUAUAUAUGAAAUUCUACAUGUUUAUACUUUACAAAUAAACGAAGUGGCGUAAACA